CUGUUUUCAUAGCACCGAACUCCAGCCAUUUUCUCCUAGGGCUUCUCUGUGCUGAAAUUUGAUUUACAUUUUCCAGAUUUCGCUUCCCGUCGCCGGCCAUUGAUGGAAAGUUAGAUGGCAGAUGUAGGUAAGGAAAUUGAUGUGGAGGCGUACUAUCAAUCAGAAGCAAGCAGUGGCGAGAAACGCAAAAGGGAAGGGAAGUUAAGAUCUAAAGUUUGGGAACAUUUCACAAAGCUCAUAAAGGAGGACGGAACAUGUGAUAAAUGUCAAUGCAAUCAUUGCCAGAAGCUGUUUACUUGUGCAGGCAAAAGUGGGACUACCCAUUUACUUCGUCAUGUAAGUGGUGGGAUUUGUCCUUUUUUUAAACAAGAGAAGUAUAAGUCACCAGCGCCGUUAAAUUAUCCAAGAACAAACGGGUUUUCUGUCCCGUGGAAAUAUAAUCCAGGUCCCGCCCAACAAUCCGCUGAUGUUGAGGUUGAACUACUACCAGAGGGGUUAACUAAUCUUGAACAUCAGGCAGGUAAUGAAAUACAAGAUGACAAUGGAGUUCAAAAACAGACGCCUUCAAAUGGAAAACUUCCUCAGCAAUCUGCCGUAAAACCUCAUCCUAAAGUCGAGCCAUUGAUGAAUGAGUUAAGGGCUUGUCUAGCGAAACUUGCUGAGUUUACAAAUGUAAGGAUUCCAACGGGAUCCCUUACAGCGGCGCCUGUUUGUGCUCCGGAUUACUCGAUAGCUGCUGCUCUCAAGUGUUUGAAUGAAAUGGUGGAUAUCCCACAGUCGAGCGAAAUGUACUUAGAUGCUUUUGAGAUUUUGCAAGAUGAAUGUCAAAGAGAAUGUUUUAUUUGUUUGCCCCCUGAACCGCGCAGGAGAUGGAUGCAAAGGAUGUUGCACCGGCGUCAUCCUCUGAGUUACAGUUCUAGUAUUUAGCGGUGUUCCUGGUGGUUGGUUGUAGCACUUUUCGCCGCUGGCUGGUGUAUUAUUCUGAAGAUCUUUUGUACUUUUUAAACAAAAAUAGUGGGGAAGGCUCUGCUGUGGACUUCAUUUGGCUUUGGCAGAUGUAGUGCAUGAUUGUAAUAGAAGGACAAAGGGUGUAUAGAAGUAGGUUCGGAACUUAGACUCUCAUUAAGCCAUAUUUAGUUUGGCUCGAAAUUAGAUUUGUGUAGAUUUUGAUA